CCAGGACGCAGCUGUUCCACAGUUGAGUUUCACUAAGUACGAAAAGCGUCGACGUCCAUGACAUCAUCACGCCGACACCAUGCAGUCCAAGCUCCCAAGGAAUCUUCAACUCAAGAAAUCCAAUUUCUGCCUUGUGUCCUAGGGAAAGGUGCUUUCGCACAAGUACGUUUGGGCUGUAUCACAAGAACUACAACAUCGCCCAGAAAGGCCCCCAAGAAAGAAGAUGAACAAGAGGUAGAGGACGAGGUCCAAGAACAAGUGGCAAUUAAGACCAUUAGAUGUAGCAGGUCUCUGAACAGUCCGAAUCUUCGUAGUUGCAGUACCAGAAGAGGACCACGUGGAGCAGGUCUAGACUCCCCAGAAUCCGAUGUUGACUGCGAGAGCCCAAGCGCGGCUCGACAUGAUCGCGAAGGCUCAUAUAGAGGCGCGGUCCGGGAAAGAGGCAUCCUCAGUGCCAUCAGUGCGGAUGGGGGACAUCCUUUCAUCAGUAGACUCGUGGCGACGUGGGAGGAAGGAGAAUCACCUGCAUCGUCGACGGGGGCGUCUCGCCAUGGAAGCAAUGGACGUGGAACAGGAGGCGUCGGUGCCGGUGGGACUGGUGUCUUAGUGCAUUUGGCCUUUGCCCUACACCUCCUACAUCAGAUGAAUCAGACCGGAGGUGUAGGAAGAACAGGACCAGGAGUAAUUAAGGCUUGCCAUAAUCCAUCUUCUGAAGCAUGAUCCUGAGUAGGCUUUUCAAGGGGAAAUAAAGGGGAGCGGGAUGCUUCUCAGGAUGCAUUAGGGUGAGCUCUAA